CUAGACUUUCUACGGCCGGGCGCCUGUCUGUCUGACUCUAUCUCUCUCUAACAUUACGCCACUUCACAACAAAAAUACAUCUCCUUUCACUCCGCUCAACUCCUCAUCUUAAUCACCACACUUUCAGAUUUCUCUCUAGGGUUCCAGAUUCUAAUAACUUCUUUCCUUUCUUUUACUUGAUUCGAAUAUCGGAUUCAGAUCGCAUUUUCUUUUUUCAACCUGAAUAUUUAAUACUUAUACGAUUUUUUUCUUAAUUUUUUUUUCUAAUUAUUGGAUUAUUUUGAAAUAAAGUUACUCAUAUAAUAAUGGUGGCCGAUCUGUGUUUCGAGAUGUAUCAAAUGCUUUGAAUAUUUUAAAUUGAGAUCAAGACAGCUGCUUUAGAUGUUAUGCAACAGAUUUCUGAGGUUCGUGAGUCUUCAACCAGGGUAUAUCACUAGAUACACUGAGUUAAGGCAGUUAAGCUAUAUCCAGAGAGGCUUGUAUGCACCUCAGUGCUCAACUUAUUUGUGGGAUUGCAAGUCAAAAAUAGCAAGAAAGAUGAUGGUGGAUUCUGGUGCAACUGCUAAGGGAGGACCUGUUACUGAUAUUUUACCUGAGAAGGAUGAUGAUGGAAUAUAUGCUAGUGGAGGAUGGAAGAGGAACAUGUAUAUCAUGUGCUUAUAUAUCCUUGGAGGCACGCUUACUCUUGGAUUCUUUCCUAUUUGGCAGUGAAGAUGGAAGAUUGAGCUGUGGAUAUUCUAGUUUUAGAGGGAAGAGGGCUAGUAUGGAGGAUUUUUAUGACAUUAAGACUUCGAAGGUUGAUGGACAAACAGUUUGUCUCUUUGGAAUAUUUGACGGUCAUGGUGGUUCACGUGCAGCAGAGUAUUUGAAGGAACAUCUCUUUGAGAAUCUCAUGAAGCAUCCAGAAUUUAUUACGAACACCAAAUUGGCAAUAAGUGAAACAUAUCAGCAGACUGACAGAGAUUUUUUGGAGUCUGAAAAAGAUACUUUCCGAGAUGACGGUUCCACAGCUUCAACAGCAGUUCUUGUUGGUAAUCACUUAUAUGUUGCUAACGUUGGAGAUUCGCGGACUAUAAUAUCAAAGGAUGGCAAAGCUAUUCCACUUUCGGAGGAUCACAAACCAAACAGAAGUGACGAGCGGAAGAGAAUUGAAAAUGCUGGAGGUGUUGUAAUGUGGGCAGGCACUUGGAGGGUUGGAGGUGUCUUGGCCAUGUCCCGUGCUUUUGGAAAUCGCAUGCUGAAGCAGUUUGUUGUGGCUGAACCAGAGAUUCAGGAUCAAGAGAUUGAUCAAGAGCUCGAACUGCUUGUGCUUGCAAGUGAUGGACUUUGGGAUGUUGUGCCCAAUGAGGAUGCUAUCUCACUUGCACAAAUAGAAGAUGAACCCAAAGCAGCAGCACGGAAGUUGACAGAAACGGCUUUCACCCGUGGCAGUGCAGACAAUAUUACUUGUAUUGUUGUAAGGUUUCAUCAUGAGACAACAGUACCUGAGGAAACCCAUCAAUCUUUUGAAGCAAACUAUGAGGAAACCCAGCAAACUUCCAAAUCAAACACGAAGGAAACCCUCCAUACUUCGGAAAGUCAGCAAACUUUCAAAGCAAGCACAGGGGAAACCACAAAAAUUCACGAGCCGAAUCCUACCCUCCACACCUCCAAAGCAAACUCUGAGGAAACCCAGCAAACUUUCGAAGCAAACACUAAGGAAACCCAGCAAACCUCUGAAGAGAACUCUGGGGAAACCUCAAAAAAUCAAGUGUCAAAUCCCGAUGAAUCCCAACAAAGUUGAUGAAUGUGUUGCCAUUGUAUUUGCAGUUUAUGUAGGUGCCAUUAUGCUGAUGAUCACAUUGAAGGGAUGAUGUUUGUUCAUUCAUUUGAUUGUUUCUUUGUAAUUUGUCUUGUACGGUUAAAUUUCAGUGCAUCAUACUGAUAAAGACAUCGUCUGGGUAAAUUUUAUGGGUGGUCUAAUAUAAUGAGAAAUGACUAUCCUGCUCUUUUCAAUUUCCCUUA